AUGAAACAAUUAAUAUUGUGUACAUUCAUUAUAUUAAUUUUCAUUUUUAAUAGUCAUAUAGGAAAUUGCCAAAUGUGUACAAUUGAUACAUGCCAAAAAUGUUGUUACCCAACAGAGGAUGGUUGCGAAAAUAAUUUUCAUAGAACUAUUAGAGGCAAUUAUUAUAGUGAUAGGACUUAUUGCCAACAAUGUGAUUGCAAGAACCCAGUUUUCGGAUGUGGAUGGAUAUCUGAAAAAUAUGAAAAAGUAAAAUGUACUAGUUGCACUUUUAUUAAGCAUGCCUCAGUCAAAAUAAACUAUUUUGAUAUAUCUGGUUGUGGAUAUCAAUUAGAACAUGGAAAGUUAGUAAAUGCUAGCUAA